AUGGAAGAGAUAUCACCAACAAGUUUGCAUUUGCCAGGGUUACAGAUCUUUUCUUCGAGUCAGGCAAGGAGGAAACCUAAUGUGGGUAUGUUAGGUAGGCAUCUUGAUUUUCCUCUUGGAGGUUAUUCGAGUUCUGGAAUGGUUCUUGGCAAUGAUACUACUCCUGUUAUGGACAAUAAUUGUUUUGAGUUGGAAACACCAGUGACUAAGAAGUUAAGGAAUUUUACUGAUUGGACGACUUUGACGUUACAUGAAGCAUCUCCUGGGAAUGACAUUGCUGAAAAGUACGAAAAGUGCGAUUCUUCUCCUUUGGAUUUAAUAAUUCAAAGAAUAUUUGAAGAGUUGCCAAUGUCAAAAAAUGAUCAAUUCUUUGACGAGUUUCAGUAUGCAAUUAUUACUUGUCCUUUACUGAAUGACAAUAAUGGUGUUCGUUUUUUAUUCGACGUGAAGAAAUCCAUUUUAGAUUUCCAUAAAAAUAAAUAUACAGGGCAUAGGAGAAUAUUAAAAUCAUUUCCAACAAAAUUUGGAAGAUGCUUAAAAUUAUCAAGUGAUAAUUUCCAGCUUACCAAGACAUUUCAUCAUUCGAGAACAGUUUUAUUAAGUUAUAAAUUGAUCAACUAUAUUCAUUCUUUAAAAAAUUCUGAAGAAUCGUUGAUUUUGAAAAACAAAUUCUUAACAAUAAUAUUACUUUGUUUAUACAUGUCAUUUCAACAAGAACUUUUCCAUAUUCAAUACAUUAAAUAUAAAACAUUAUUAGAGGUAAAGAUCAUUUUAAAUUCUUUACAUCGUUUGGACACUAUUAUUCAUAAAUAUUACAAUGCAUAUUCUGAAGAAUCUAUCUUUAGACCUAUUAAUUUGAAUUUAAACAAUCAAAUUGACAAUAAUUCAAAUCUAUCAAACAUCGAAGUCUUAUUAUCAUCAUGUUUAGAUAUAUUAUUUUACAACUUCAAAAAUUUCACUAAUGAAAUGUUACAAUUAAUUAAUAUUGACGAGCUAGGGAAAUUUUGUGAUAUUUACAAGAUUCAUUUCAAUGAAUUAUAUGAUUUAUUGAGAAAAUCACAAACAACUAUAAAGGGAAAAUUAUUAAGAUCAGAAAUUUUACAGAAAUUUUUUUUAUGUUGCUUAUUAUCAUUAAAUAAUACCAAUGUAUCAAUAAACCAACAUGUUAGAUCUUCGUUAACAAAAAUAUUUAAUGAUUCAUUUUUAAAUCAACCCGAGCCUAAACAGCAAUUAAAAUUAGAAAAAACUGCAAUAAUUUUAAAGCAAGUUAAAAGGGUAAUCGAACUGUUGGCAUCUACAUUAAACGCCAAUAAGUACCUAUUAGUUUCAAUCAUUGAAGAUACACCUCCACCUUCUUCUAAAUUGCACCUGAAAAAUACUUCUAAAGAUAUAGAGAAUGUUCCUUUGACUUCGUUCAUUAACAGAUUAGUGGAAUUGGAGAGAUCUAUACUACGUAUUGAUCCUAAUGAUCUAGGCAGACACCAAUUUGAUGUUACAAACGAAUUACAAUCAUUAUUAAGAAAAUGGGAAAAUAUAACUUCACUAGAGGGUUGUAAUAAUAGAUUUGCAGAGACAAAGAAGAUAAGAACGAUUAAUAACAGAUUCUCAAUUGAUAUUCGUGGAUCCGAAAGAAAUGGUAUCUUGACAACUGAUAUAGAUAUUAAAAAUAUAGAAGACAAUGAGACUGACUUCCUAGUUGAUUCGGAAUGCACUUCCAUCUCUCAAGGAUGCUUGGUUUGUAAUAAUUAUAAUGAAGAUUGUGAUUGUGACCAUAAUACUCUAAAAGAAAGUUUCGAAAUCUCAAAGGAAAAUUAUGAAAACAAAGACUUGGGGGACAAAUUUGGUUGUAUUACUAACUCGUUUACAAAAGGAUUGAGAAAAUUAUCAGAUGAAGAACUGAAGAGAAAACUAGACGAAAAGAUCUUAAGUUUGGCUGCUGAAAAUAUUAAAGGUAAAGAAAAGUUGAGAGACCAAAAAUCAUUUGAAUUGUUGAAAGAUAUUUCAAGAAAACAAUCACUUAAUUGUCUCCAGCCUAGUAGUCAUGAUAAUGAUAAUGAUAAUGAUGAUAAAGAGAACUUAUGGAGCAGGACUCCAAAACAUACUCAAUUAUCUUCUGAAGAUUCAAUUCCGGUAAUAUAUAGAAUUCGGGAAUUAUUACAAAGUAGGUCUUGA